ACUCCGGGGUUCAUACAAUUAAUGUAGUUUAAUAUUGUUUUAGGGCCCUGAAACUAAUUGAGUUGUGGUUUUUGUAAGAAGCCAACGUUGUAUAGUUUCCAUUUUUUUCAACGUUUGGUCAUCAUCAAGAACACACAACUAUCAAUCAGUUAGUUUCAUCGAAAUUCAAGAAAAAAUGCCGAUGGGUUGCGGCUGCUUCCCCAGGACAUCCCGAAAGUCCAGUCACCUCAAGUUACCAAGGCUGCCCUCCAUGACCGAUUCAAUCAAAUCAUUAUCUCCCAGGAAAAAGGAUGCCCCAGAGAGGAGCACACUGGUCGUUUGCUUCGGUGAGAUGUUGAUUGAUUUUGUCCCAACGAGUGCUGGAGUUUCUCUUGCUGAUGCAGAAGGUUUCAAGAAAGCUGCUGGUGGAGCUCCUGCUAAUGUUGCAGUUGGAAUCUCAAGAUUAGGAGGCUCAGCAGCUUUUAUGGGCAAGGUUGGUGCAGAUGAGUUUGGAUACAUGCUGUCUAAUAUUCUGAAGGAAAACAAUGUGGACAAUUCCGGCAUGUGUUUUGACCAACAUGCAAGGACUGCAUUGGCUUUUGUUACACUGAGAAGUGAUGGAGAACGCGAAUUCAUGUUCUAUCGCAACCCCAGUGCUGAUAUGCUUCUCACUAAGGAAGAACUUAACGUCGACCUAAUCAAAAAGGCAAAUAUAUUUCACUAUGGGUCGAUUAGUCUGAUUGAGGAACCAUGUAAAUCAGCACAUCUCGCUGCGAUGGACGUUGCUAAGAAGGCUGGCUGUAUCCUCUCUUAUGACCCGAACUUGAGAUUGCCACUGUGGCCUUCUGCAGAGGCUGCUCAGAAGGGCAUUAUGAGCAUUUGGAACCUAGCUGACAUUAUUAAAAUAAGUGAGGAGGAAAUUACAUUUUUGACUGGAGGUGAUGAUCCUUAUGAUGAUGAUGUGGUCUUGAACAAGCUUUAUCACCCCAAUCUGAAGCUUCUGUUAGUAACUGAAGGGCCAGCAGGCUGCAGAUACUACACAAAGGAAUUCAAGGGUAAAGUUGCAGGAAUCAAAGCGGACUGUGUAGAUACAACUGGAGCUGGUGACUCUUUUGUUGGCUCUGUACUCAACAGCUUGGCUUCAGACCCUGAUUUGUUCAAGAAUGAACAACGGUUGAAGGAGGCUCUCAAAUUUGCCAAUGCUUGUGGUGCUAUCACUGUGGAAAAGAAAGGAGCCAUUCCUGCCCUACCCACAAAAGAAGCUGUCCAUAAAGUUCUUAGCCAAACAUCGGCAUGAUAAAAUAUAGAACCCACACGCACUUCUAUUUAUUUCUAAAAAGAAGAAGAAGAAAUCAUCUGCUCUUUCUAAUAAUGGCAUUUCCUAGAAUAAGAAACCACAAUCUGGAUGUGUUUCUUUUUUCAACAAUCCCACAUUGUGGUUUACUUCUUUCCAUGUGGAUGUAGCCAAAAAUGCAAUCCGUUCAAUACUUCAAUAUAUGAAUUCUGUUGUAAAUCGUUGAUCAUUUAUGUGAUUAGCCAACAAGGACUCAAAUGUACUGUACUUAAACUCCAACUUUAGUGGGUUUCGCUACGUAAUAAGAUGAUGAUACAUGGUUUCUCCGUCA